CACAUUGGAAAAGCUACUGACGAUCACGAGCCCGCGCAGGCGCAGGAGUGACCAAGGAUUGCAGAACCUCGCUUCGACGAAGAGAAACCGAAACGGAUUUACUACAUCAACAGAUGAUGGAUGAUCAAGAUCUGGGAUUCUUUGCCAAUUUUCUUGGCAUUUUUAUUUUUGUUCUGGUAAUAGCGUACCACUAUGUCAUGGCCGAUCCCAAGUAUGAAGGAAACUAGGACCCCUUUGAAGUGUAAUACUCAUAGAUUCUGAGUGGUUUGGAAGGUAGACAUUGAGUUGGUAUUAGUUAAGAACUUAAGUUUGGGAAUGUGAAUGCUAUCUUACUGCUAUAACUUUUAUAAACACUACAAGUUCGUUCACUAAUUCUUGCGAUAUAUCUGUGUGCUUCCAACACCAGGUCUUGCUGAGGGUUGAGGAAAAUCUGAUUCAAUCAAAAUAAUUAAUAUGUUCGA